UCCUAUUGUGUAUUAGCAGUAAAGUGACAGGUCAAUAGAAGCAUGCACGUACAUGUAUUUGACCUUUAUUUCAGACAAAAUAAGUCAACAUCAUUAAAACGAGGAAAUACCUGGAUAGGCUAAAUAUGAACAUCACCCUUCAAGCAGACAAAACUGUCACACAAUAGUCUUACAUGUUCACGCAUUUAAACGUGAUGUAUACAUCACGUUUAAAUGCUGGCACAUUUGUGUCACCAUGUGUUAUACCAGUCAAAGCUCUUACUAAAAAACUAGCAAUAAUAAUAAAAAGAAAGUAAAAUACUGUUACACAAAGCUGCCCAGUGCAUGGGCAUGACAUUCAGGGAGACUAAAGUUCUUGUUACGGCCCUGGUGACCGGGAUAAAAACAUGGUUUCCUCAUCAGCAGAACAGCGCAGUCAUUUGCAAACACUUUUUAGUGUAAGACAGAUUAGGCAAUGUCGUUUUUGUAACUUUAGAUAUACACAAGGAUAAUUAAAGCAUGUUUAGAGAUGAAGAAACUGAAAUCAGAUUAAAAACUACACUAACGAUAUAAUUAGUAGCUUCCUAGAAGUAUGUUUUCCGAUUAUUAGCCUAACAAGUAAAAGGGGCGCAUGAGGAUCCCUCCACCCUCAGCUGUACACGCUGCUGUAACUCGAUGCUUCUUCUUGAGCUACCACCCUCACUCACAUGGCAGAUGGAAAUUUCCAUUCUGCUAAAUGCUCAGGAGCUCCGAGUUUUGUCGUCAGAAGUCCGCCUCUCCCUUUGCCUACUGCAGCUGCGGUCCGCCACGCCGUCAUAUAAGGUUUUUAUUUUCUAAGAUAUCAGCCUCGAAUCACAGUUGAGGAAGAAGGACAUUGCAUCACUUCUUUGGGACCUCUUUGGGACAAACUACGUAUCCCCAUCUCUGUCAUAAUGCCAGGAGUAAGGGAACUCUUGGAGCUGAGGAGGGUCCCCACGGAGGGUGAUGAUGAUAGCACCGCAAGCUUGGAGGAGCAUUUCAGAAUCCCCAUGGAUGUGGAAAAGUCCACCAUCGCCAGCAGUCAGUAUAUGGACGAUAAUGAGGAUGGAGAAGAAGACAGGUUCCUGUCAAAUGGGCUGACGAAGAAGAAGAUAUAUGAGGAAGAAGAAUAUCAUCCAGGCCACACCUCCUUCGGUAUGUCGGUCUUCAACCUGAGCAACGCCAUCAUGGGUAGCGGCAUCCUGGGCCUGUCCUACGCCAUGGCCAACACCGGCAUUGUUCUCUUUACAAUCCUCCUCAUCGCUGUGGCCAUCCUCUCCCUAUACUCCGUGCAUCUUCUCCUCAUGACAGCAAAAGAAGGAGGAUCUCUGAUCUAUGAGAAACUGGGAGAGAAAGCAUUCGGUUGGCCGGGAAAAAUGGCUGCCUUCGGAUCAAUAAUCAUGCAAAACAUUGGAGCCAUGUCCAGCUACCUCUUUAUUGUGAAGUACGAGCUGCCUGAGGUGAUCCGAGCCUUCUUACGCUUAGAGGAAAACUCAGGUGAAUGGUACCUAAACGGCAACUAUCUGGUGGUGUUCGUGUCCAUUGGAAUUAUUCUGCCCUUGUCCCUCCUCAAAAACCUGGGUUAUCUCGGCUACACCAGUGGUUUUUCACUUUCUUGUAUGGUCUUCUUUGUGGCUGUGCUUAUCUACAAGAAGACUCAGCUACCCUGCCCCCUUCCUUUCUUUUACGAACACUCGUCCAACCUCAGUGUGAACGGCUCAGACAUUUCGGGUCUGUAUGCUCUACGACACAACACGACGCUGAUGGACUUCUCACGGGCCGACAUCACCCCGGCGGUCACCAACAGCCGGGACGCCCAUCACAGCACAGGAGUCCGCUUCAAGACACACCCUGACGAAGAGGAGAUGUGCAGGCCCAAAUACUUCAUCUUCAACUCACAGACUGCAUACACUGUACCCAUCCUGGCCUUUGCAUUUGUCUGCCAUCCUGAGGUGCUGCCUAUCUACAGUGAGCUGAAAGAUCGCAGCCGGAGAAAAAUGCAGACCGUCUCCAACCUGUCCAUCUUAGCCAUGCUCGUCAUGUAUAUGCUGUCGGCUCUGUUUGGCUACCUCACGUUUUAUGAAAAAGUGGAGGCUGAGUUACUGCACACCUUCAUCAAAGUGUACAAGUUUGACACCAUGCUGCUGUUGGUGCGUCUGGCCGUCCUCACUGCCGUCACACUGACUGUCCCCAUCGUGCUUUUCCCUAUCCGCUCCUCCAUCACCACGUUACUCUUCAGCGGCCGGGACUUCAGCUGGACCCGCCACCUGCUGAUUGCUGCAUUGAUACUGGCCUUCAACAACGUGCUUGUCAUCUUUGUUCCCACCAUCAGGGACAUCUUUGGCUUCAUCGGUGCUUCUGCAGCUACAAUGCUUAUCUUCAUCCUUCCUGCUGCCUUCUACCUCCGCCUGGUUAAGUCCUUACCAUUUAGCUCCUGGCAGAAGAUUGCGGCAUCGAUCUUCCUAGUCGUGGGAGUCAUCUUCAUGAUUGGCAGCUUGUUGCUUAUCACUCUCGACUGGAUCCAUAACCCACCCGGCUCUGGCCACGGCCAUUAAAGUCCCCUCCUUUCCAACUCUAUUUAAGAUAGCAGAAGUUAUCCUUUUCCCACCACACCUCAAGUCCUCUGUGUUGCUUCCCUUGAUUGAAAUAUUCAGAAAAUCUUCAGUGUAUCGACCAGAUAUGCUGCAUCCUCAGAACAUCUUAUAUUUUUGUACUUUUGAAUGUAACAGCUUCAGACUUUAAUGUAAUACACCGUUACAGACAGUCUGGAAUCAUCAUCAUGAUGAAGAUAUCAACUUCCAGCUUUGAAGAUACUCAGCAAAUACAGUAAGCAACACCUUUCACUUGAAGAUUAGCAUUGUGAUUGGACCACAGGGCUGGAAAGAUGAUGCCAUUAAGUUACAUUUACAAAUGGAAUGUGUCAUCACCCAUGCAAAACCACUUCUUCAGUUAUUCUUCACUUUACAUGGAGAUGGAGUAGACAUCUCCACCUAUAUAACAAUAAGCACACAUAUCAAACCACGUAUUUAUAAGAUACAAUCCAUGAAAUCAAUCAGCAAAGACGGUUAAGCAAUAAUAUAAGGCUUUUUUUCGUUAAGUGGUUGAUCAACAGAUUAACAAUCAGAAACCUUGUCAAAGUCUGCAUUCAUUAUGAGUGAUCAUCUUGCCCAGCUGUGUACAAGAAACAAAAAGGUGCUUUUUUACUGUUAUACAGAAGCUCUGAACAUGGAGGGGAUGGAUGUACAUAAUCAUUUGUAGCUACAGUAGAAAGUAGCAUUGUACUGUACAUUAUAUCUCAGCUUGCCUAUUAGGGCUCUCUGUAGUUCAGGUUACGUGAAGAUCAAUGGUCAUUUCAAGCAAUAUGUAUGCUGGACUAACCUAUCAGGCACUUAAUGUAGGGCUAGACAGCUGAAUAUAGAAUGAUUUGGUGUUACUUUUACACAUUUUUAGCUAACUUAAUUUGAAAAAACACAAGGUAACGAGCUAAAUAUUUUUUUAGGUAUGUUAUCUUGUUAUGGUUGCAAAGACAGUGUAUUUUAAACAUUACUCUUAACUCUUGAUUGAAACUUUUAUCAUGUAAAUGCUACAUAUAUGUUGUUAACAUUGUGUUACCUGGUGAUACUAGGCUGAAAACUGGCUGGAUUUAAGACUGAAUUCAUAGCUCAAAAACUACUGGGACCUACAUUUCGUCAUCUGUAUAUAUAUGCCCACUACGGUGCAACUCAGAUGCCCCAGAAGUAUUGACCAGGCACACCAACGAUGACAACAGUACUCCUGUUCUAAGGCUGGUGCCAAACACAUAAUAGAUAAACAGAUCAAAAGAAGGGGGGAAAAUAACAUUUUUAGAGAACACGGUGUAGAAAGAUCUUUUGUUUUCUCUAUUUGGAUAAUUUAUCUCUUAGAAACCACAAAAAAACAAACUUUAUUUAAGUACUGGUGAGAAAUCACCUUAUUUGUUCUUUCUUUCUUAUCCUCUAUGUGGAGAGCAUUCAAGUUAGCAUGUUAUCGACCCCUAUGAGACUUUAGUGAAAUCGGUGUAUCUGAUUUAAAGUUGUUGUUGAACAAACCCCAAAAUAGUUGAGAUAGCUCAAUCUCAUGCUUGUCGGCGAGAUCAAAGCAGCUUGCGUUUAUGGAUAAAGAGAAAUAUGCUAAGGUCUAAUGUGGUGUCAAGUUUGAAAGUUAGAGCUCGGAUGUGAAAUUAUGUUACACCCAAGAAACUGUGUAUUACUUUAGCUAGAUCCACGUUCUAUGUUCACCAGUUUAAAGCAAAAGAGAUGUAAUUCCAGUUUCAGGAUGUGGUCCUGUUUUUUUUUCAACCUGGAAAAAUGGAAGAAACAUGUUUUUUCUAGCCUGAGAUUUGAGAUGAUAGCUAGACCUCCCUGAGUAAAUUGUCUUGGUUCAAACCAAAAACUGUAAAUACGGCCACUUUGUGCCUGUGUAGUCUAGUACCAUCAAGUUAAGGAAUACAGAGAGCUAUGUUUAGGCCUUCGCUCAUAACACCAUUUUUACAUUUUGGAAUAUUCACUCUUCAGAUUUUAUUUUUUUUACAAAUUAGGCUAAUGAACUACAAUUUUUAGAGAAAUCAGUGAAGGACUAAAACAUAGUAAUAUUGUCAUUUACUUUCAAUUUCCGAGCGAAUAGUCAUGUUAAGUGCUAAACUAAUUAAUAAGUGCAUGUUAGAUCUCCGUAAUACCUUGUACAGGAUGAAUUUAAGGAGAAACUUGAAUUGCUCAUGUUUUUUGUCACCAUUAGCAAAAGUUAUAAACAUUAUUACCUUUGCCAAGCAUUUGGCUUUAUAACCACCAGUAAUUACCAACUUUACUAUAACUCUGUGUCAUAUAUCCUGCGAUGCUGAGUAACUCAUAAACAGGUUUUCGGCAAUAAAAUCACUCGUUUGUAAAUUUUAAGAUAAUCAAUUAAGCUACACUAAAAUAAGAUACCAUAUGAAAGUACUUGCAUUCUUGAGGUAGAAACCUGCAUUUCAGUGAGGUAUACUGGACAAAUAUCUCUUUAACUGUCACACUAAAACAAUUAGCUGCUAGCUUAAAUUAUCCUUGCUGUAUCAGCUAACUUUUCACCCAUACACAUUUAAAGUCAAUAUACUUUUAAUGGGCUAUUGUUCUUUUAAUUCUAUAUUUAUACUUUGUAAAUUUAAGAAGUCAUUCAGAUGGGAAAAUCUGUCGUGAGAACGCUAAUGUUACAGCUACCUGGUGAUACUCGGGUAGAAAUCAGCUAGCUGUUUUAUAUUUAAAAUUUGCCCUCAAAUUUACAUUUUUACAAUUAAAAUGUUUUUUUUAUUAUUAUUAUUUUUGAAGGAAUGUUGGAUAUUGUUAAAUUAAUCAAUAACUGUUUCCCAAAUUGCUUACCCUAAACAUCACAUUUAGCAAGAGGCUUUUCCUAUUUUAUCUAUUUUAGCUUACCAACCAAGUCCUAGCCAUAUACUUAACAUAUUAAUAUAAAAAAAUUUUUUUUUUCCUGCCUUCAUUUUUGCUAUGAAUUGAACAAGUUUUUUUUUCUUCCUUUGUUCAGAUCAAAAACACAUAGUAAUUAUUCCUUUAACUGUGAUAUUUUGAGAUAAGUGACAUGUUAAAAAGUACAUGUUCAGCUGUUCAGUCAUUAAGCUAAAGUCAGUUAAUAUCUGUUACAAAUUUAAAUACCUAUCUACACUUUAUAAUGGAUGCCAUGUAAAUCAUGACAGAAUUUCACCUUUUAAAUAGUGCCUUUAGCGUACUUUUUAUUUCUCUAUAUUUUGGCCUUCAUAACUGGUGCCUUUUGUAAAGUAGCUGACAACAUCAAAAUCCCAGAUUUGUCUGAUUCCACCUUCAAUCGUUGUGCCGUUACGUGUCAUUAACACACCCCGCCAAAGUGGACAUUUAUAGAUCCUUUGUGGAUCUACGUACGUGAAGCAAAUAGAUAUUUCAAAUGAAAUAGUGUAUUAUGUGCAUGUUUUUUGGAUUACAAACGUGGUCUUUUUUUGGACAAUUGUAUAUGCUGUGUAAAUAAUCUUUAUUUUAUGGUACACUGACAUUCAUCGCCUUUGAGUGGGUUGUGGGGGGAUUGUACUAGAGAAACCUUUUACAAUCAAGUGUUUUGUUUUUAUUAUAAAUGUUAUAUAUAAAUGUGGAUGUGUUAGACUUUUUUUCUCUUGCUGUAUGACAGUAGUUUGCUUUUUUUAUGUUUUCUCCUCAUACAUAUUUUCAAGUUUUAGUGGAUCAGAAUGCAUUACAUCAAGGUCAACGUCUGAACAUUACUUUUCCAAAAACUCUUAUAAUUAAGGUAGUACAUUUCAGUUACUCACCAGGUUCAGAAGCAAGGCUGCGAGAAAGAUGAAUCACGCAAUCAAGUAAGACGAGAAAUGUUUAGCUCAGGAUAACAAAAUGCACAAAAACAUUUUAAUUCUCCACUGUACCAUGACAAUCGUACAUAGCUAAAGGUCCUAUCUUACUGAGGCUAGCAAUGUGCAUCAGUGCUGUCCUUGAAAUAUAUUUGUUUAAAUUUGUAUAAAUUUACUUGAAGUAAAGCAUUUGAUAGCCUGAUAAACUGAGCAAGCCUUAAUAUUGAAGGGGUGCCAACAAUGAUAUUGAUCGAUAUUGAUUUUACAAAUGUUUUCUAACCUCAAUCAAAUGUAAGAGAUUCAUUACCUGAUCAGGUUGGGUCAUCUUACAAAGACGUAUCACUACCCACACAACACAUUGAGUAUCUCAGGUCCUUGGUCUGGAUUCAUGUUUCUCCACACUUUUGCGUAUGGCUGCGAAGAACUUUGCCUCGACCUAUGCUGUAAAAACGAAUGCAAUUUGUGCUGGCACAGACAACAAGCCUUGUGCUUUUCUAAAGAAACACCAGCAAAUGCUUAUCUGAGAGAAGGGUGAACAAAACCACCUCCACCUUAUUUUUCUAUGGACCCUCAGGCACGGAGAGGCACUGGCUCAAAUGUUUUUGCUGUUCCCAGUGUCUUUACUCCUUGUGGAUCAGGCUAAACAUUCAGAUUUGUAAUUUACUUAGUGUGUUUUUUUUGUAUCAUUGAUGCAGUUUCACUAUGAUGAACAAUAAAAUGUGAUAAGAAAACUAAA